AUGUCCCGUCCUGACGAUCUCAAAAUCAAGGGUCGUGCUAGCGCUGGUUUUGCCCAUGAGCCCGACGACUUCAAAAUCAAGGGUCGUGCUGGCGCUGGUUUGAACCCAGCUCCGCCUUCCCAGGAGGCUCCGCCAAACGAGGGCUGGAGUCAGUAUCGAAGCUACCUCAGGAACACUGGCCCAGACAUGGUCUUCGGAAGCAACGGCGACAUACGUGAGCCAGGGGACCCAACACCUUCGUCCCCGCGUUCGCCACUGCACAUUCGAAGGCCGCGAGCGCGAGGACGACACCGGCGCCCGGACAUGUACCCCCCGCCUGGGGAUUUCUAUACCCCAUCGUACGAACCGCGUGGUUUUCCGGAUGGCGAUCGCCGACGACGCCAGGAGCGAUCCCUGACUCGAGACUCCGAGCACUUUGAGUAUAAGCACAACCGUUCACCGCGUAGCGAGUCUCGUGACUAUCGAUAUAAAGACCGUGGACGGCGCCGUGAGCGUUCCCCUGCGGCAGAGUACGAGUCUACGUACCGCCGCUCCCCGUCCCGCUAUGAUCGCUCGCCGUCCCGCUCUCAGUCAAGGACACCGGUUCGCCGAGGACGUCCCCAGUAUACCCAGGAUCGAUCAAGGAGUCCGAUUCGUCAUGAAGAGGGGCGCGGCAGCCCUCGGCGCCGUGGACGCUCUCGCUCGUCACGAUGUCAACGCGAUCACUAUCGCGCAGUGCCUCGCAACCGAUCCCGGGAGCCUGAACGCCGUAACACGACACGUGAAGGGCUCCAGCGCCGCAACCGCUCUCCGCUGCCACCGCAGGAAGAGGAGUACAGGGGGCAUAGAGGCAGCAAACGGCGGGCGCCAGAGGCGGGCAGCUCGCAUCCAUCUCCGAAGCGCCGCCGCAGGGAUCAGGCCUAA